AUGGCGCCUACGAAAGCGCAUAUUCCCGAAUUCCAAGGCCCAUCAGAAGGCUUCAGCGUGGUACCCUAUCGAUUCCCGAGAAGUCUCGCACGUAGGCCUUUUUACAGCCUAUUAUUUGAGUCUCCCGAAGCUGCGAGAGAUUUUGUUUACGCACAAGGCGACUUCUGGUUAUUUGGACCAAAGUCUACAGUACCUCCAGGACAGACACCUACUGUGAAUUUGCCCUCCCAAAACACCAAGAAGGUAUUCGACGACUACAAGCUCCUUUCUAGUUUUCUUUCUCGUGGGAGGGGUGGUCAGGACCGGCUGGGAUGUGUACUUCUUACACUUUCCGACCUUGGUGGGAAUACUCGUGAAAGGGGAAAACUUCCCAGAACUGCGGAAAUGAGGGAAUUGCUCGAAAACGACAACGUGAAAUUCUGCAGGGGAGACGAAACACAGGAUGAAGCAGGUUUAGAAAGAAUACUCUUUGAAAGAGUUUUGCCAACUGGAACAGUCGUCGUCGACAGAUUUGACGGAUCAGAAAAUGGGGCGGAAGCAAAGUGGAUAGUUAGGUGUAGAGACGCGGCGGAAGCGCAUAGGGUUGUGAGGAACUGGCACAAGAAAGAGUUCCGGGAAGGUGGUGGGAAAUUUCACGCGGAAAUGAUCUAUUAG